UAUUUUUUUAAAUAUUCAACAUUUUAACACAAAAAAUGUACUAAGAAAAAAGCAAAAAGGCCAAAGGGCUGAAUGGAAAAUCUACUACUGUAGUUAUAGGGAGAUUAUCCAAUCACGUUGUAGUAUUAGAUACUCCCUUGUGAUUUAGACCACACAAGAAAGAAACCUCUCGGCAUGGAUAAAGACCAUAAACUAAAAUCGGCGUAGAAGAGGAAUUGAAACGAGACGAUUAAUUGAACGGCCUUAGAUAACUCACCACACAUAUUGCCCAACUCCACCCGCCAGACAACUGAGCUCAUCUCUCUCUCUCUCUUUGGAAGUCAGUCAUAUUGUCUAUAGUUUGGUUGCAAAAAGCAAGCAUAGGGAAGAAAAAAGAAGCAGAGCAAAACAUGAACUCAUCAUCGUCGUCACCGAAUCCUCCACUGCCUCCAGCGCCUCCUCCGCCGCAGUCUUCCACGUCCGCUAACGCCGCUGAUGGGUCCGGAAAGAAAGUCAGGAAACCUUACACCAUCACUAAGUCACGUGAGAGUUGGACUGAAGAAGAACACGACAAGUUCCUUGAAGCUCUUCAACUGUUUGACCGUGACUGGAAAAAAAUUGAAGAUUUUGUGGGUUCAAAGACAGUUAUCCAGAUUCGAAGUCAUGCCCAGAAAUACUUUUUGAAGGUCCAAAAGAAUGGGACAAUUGCACAUGUGCCUCCUCCUCGCCCCAAGCGCAAAGCUGCUCACCCUUACCCGCAAAAGGCGUCUAAAAAUGUUUUAGUGUCCUUGCAAGCAUCCAUGGCUUAUCCUUCUUCAAUAAAUACGAUAGCACCUGGAUAUGCUCCAUGGGAUGAAGCGUCCUUGUUAGUAAACACUGCCCCAAGCAAAAUCAUGCCACCACAAGAUGAAUUUACAAGGCUUCAAGGAGCUGAAGCUGAUAUUGGAUCGAAGGGCGUAGCAAGGAUUAGUAACGGUGGUGUUAGUAGCAUUGGAAGCUUAAGUAGGACAAUAUCUAGUUCUGAUAUGCCAAACCAAGGGAAACAAGCUCCAAUGCUUCAUGGUAUACCUGAUUUUGCUGAAGUUUAUAGCUUCAUUGGGAGCAUCUUUGAUCCAGACACCCAAGGGCAUGUGCAAAAGCUCAAAGAGAUGGAUCCGAUAAAUUUUGAAACUGUUUUGUUACUGAUGAGAAACCUCACCGUUAACUUGUGUAGUCCUGAUUUUGAGCCAAUCAGGAAAGUUCUGUCCUCAUAUGAUGUCAGCACAACAACAGUGGGACUUGGCACGGGAAUUAUUCCCCAAAGCCAAACGAAUGAUAUAUCAUGUUAAGCUGUUUAUUAUGUAGGACUUGCAGGCAACACGCUUGGAGGUUACUAGGUGAAGGAGUUGCAACCACCACCGGGAGAAAAUGUUAGAAAUGUUGAGUGGAAGAAAGGUUUUCUACUACAGACUUUCAAGCUCUGUAAGGGUCUCGAUGUACAGCGAGUCAGGUGGAAUGGUUGUCACCCGGUUUUGACCUAUCAACCAGAUAAUUGUGUAUAUUCUUGUGAGGUUUGUCAAUUAGCCGUUUUACCUUAUUGCGAAGAAUGCCUAACAAUAGAAGUGAAACUACAAGAACUUGAACAUAUCUGUAAUAAAGAUCAUGGUUCUGCCUUGUGAAUGUAGCUAGAAGGAUCUCCAUGGCAACAUGCUAGAUUUCUUAGCUAUUGUCAUAUAUUGGUUAUUAACACGUAUUCCACUAGAAUAUUAUCUCUCAGUUUGACUAAACUUUAAUGGGAUCGUACCAAGGUCAAAGGCGCGCAUGCUGCUGCUCUCAAAGGCAUUCAUGAGCUCAUUAAAGAUCCCCCUUGCUCGUGGAAGGAAACUGUUUGUGCUGAUUGAUUUGCCAACUAUAGCAGGCUUCUCUGGAGGAUUUCACUUAUCUGGUCUCUCCUCCCCAGACCGUGUCUUUCGCCAUUUUAGCAGGCAGCUUGGAAUCCUGUACAUAUAGUUGGCGCCAAGCUGCGGUUCUUCUCCCAGUUCCUUUGUGCUAAUAUAAGCUAUUAUACCAAAAACCAGUUGGAAGGAAAACAUCAUAAUCAUGUACUAAUUUCCACACUGAGAGUGUCUUCAUCUUUUCCCUUCUCACCAAACCUCAAAACUCUUUUUGGCUAGUCAGAGGCAGCGCUUAUGCCACAUAUAAAAGGAGUGAUUUUCCUUUGGGGACAAGAAUUUGUAAUAACAACAACAGAGCUUUUCUCACUAUUUGGUGUUUAAUUAAAUGGAUGGUAUUUCCUUUGUUGUAUUA